UCUCGCUAAUUGAAAGGGCAAAAGCUGAGUGCGUUCGUGAAAAUUGUGAAAAAAUGCAAAAAUCUAGCUUAAAUUACAAGCAAUUCCUAUAAAUUCUGUAUAAAAAUGUGGAUAACAUAGCAUACAACGGGAUUGUGAAGAAAAAUAGUCGGAAAUUUAUGGUUUUCUUUGUAAAAUUGUGCUUUAAGUUUUCAACUCUUAUGACGGCAACUAAAUAUUUGUCGACGUAUUCGAAUUGAAUGUUAAUUGAAAUAAUAACCGCUGAGAAUUAUGGAAAUAUCAAUGGAAAUAAUGUGAAUUUCAUUGUUAAAUAAUAUAUUUUUCGAAGAUUGCCCAUUCCGUCGUUUGAAGUUUGAUUUGAAAAAGAAGUGUGAGGUUUUGUGGGGCCAAUAAAAGUGUCAGCGAAAAAAUCUAUAAAUUAAAAUUGGAGCAGAGCAGAGACAAGCAAGUGAAAAAUUGAGACCCCCACACACACGCAAGUGAGAGUGAUACACACAGGAAUUAUGGUAGCAAAACAAAAACGGAAAUUUAGAAUAUAAACAAAAAACAUAAAAUAUAAAGUAAAGGAAAAAUAAUGACCGGCAAAAAAAUGUGUGCUUUGUGUACAACUACUGUCUACACAAUUUUUAAAUAAUGAUUUAGUUUUUUUUUCUGUUAUUGAUGUGUGGAGAUUUUAAUAAAAAAUGGAAAUAAAUGGAUAAAGAACGCCCGGGUAAUUGUGUGUAUGGACUGUUGCUGAGAAAUCUUCGUAAAAAUGGCUGAGGGUGGUGGUGGCGGUUGUGCUGCUGCUGUUGGCGGCGACCAACAACAUUCGCUACCGGCAACAAGUGUCGAUGACGAAUCUCAAGACAACAACACAGAAGCCAAUGAAAACACACAAAAAGAACAACAAAGCGAUGUAAACAAAGAAAUGACAACACAUUCAAAAAGCUCUUCACCACCCCCCGUGAAAACAGAUAACGUGGAUAGUUUGUUUUAUGCGGCAACCGGAACACAUAAAGAAAAGGAUGUAAUUCAAAAUAAAAAUGAAGAACGGAUUUAUUUGGAUGCCGAUGCCAAUAAUGAUGUAGCUCAUGACGAUGACGACGAUGAAGAUGGAGAAGAUGAAAGUAAUCAAACAUUUUACGAAGCUACUGGCGGUGUAACGGAACUUGUUUUGACAUUUGGCAAUACACUGAAAAUAGUUAAUGAUGUCAUCAAAGAAUCAGAAGCCAGCAUGGCUUUGCUACCCAUUCCAGUAUCACAACAAGAAACCCAUUAUGUUGAUGCUGCCACCGCUACAAUUGAUAAUGCCGAGAAUAAGGAAACCAAGCAAUUGCCUUUUAGUAAUGAAAUAAAUAACCUGAACAUCACCAAUAGUUUGUCGUCCACACGAACUAAUACCAUUCUUUUGGAUGAGGAUGAAUGUGAAGGUGCUGUUGGCCUAGCAACUGAUAUUUUGAAUGAUGUGAAUGUCUAUGCUCCAUCUUUGUUGGACAAUGAUCUCAUUAGGAUUCAACAGCAACAUCCACAACACGAUGAGCGGGAUUUACACAUUGAGGGUGAAACGGAGCCGAUUGUGGUGUUGCGCAAAAAGAGAGGAAGAAACUUAAAGGAUUACAAUCACAUCAAUCAACAUACAACUAGUGCCGCUCCAGAAGAUGAACAAGCUUUGAAGCAACGUCAACAGACAUUACUGACAACCAAAUCGUGUGAAACUCCAGCUUCGGCCACAACAUUGUCGCCCACAAACUCCUACAAUGGCAGUAUUGGCAGUGAUGGUGGUGGCAGUGUUGGCGGUGGAGCGCGCCGCAAAUCAUGGACCCUCUCACCGCAAAGUGGUACCUCCACGCCGUUGAGCGGUGCCCGAAAGAAAGAAAAACGGGCCAGUGUAAAGUCGCCAGCGUCAUCGACCCCAACAACCUCCACCGCAACGGAUUCAUUUAAUCUUUGGAUAGCUCGAGAAUGUUAUGAAACAGUACCAGCUGAAACUGUAUUUGAGGUGGACGAUGGCGGUCAAGGUUUGGUGGGACCAGUCAAUUUUACAAUCGAUGAAGAGGCAGAUGAGGAGGCAGCUGCAGUAGAAAGUUUACUGGGCGCUGCAGCAGCUCUACAUGCCUCGGCCAGUGCUAACAAGGAAGCCCAGAUCCAGAGACGGCAAAAACAUUUACGUCAACCACAACAUCGGCCAUUGGAACGAUCUUGGCCACCACGAGCCAUUGGCAGGGAUUUUCGUCUGCAAGGUGAUGUCUUUAAAUUUGAUAUUUUGGAUACGGACGAUACACUUGAUGUCUAUGGUGGUGGGGGAAUUAUCGGUUCCAAUGGAUAUGGCAGCAAUUCGAAUAGCACCAACAACUCACCGCUCUAUUUGCUGAACAGUGCCAAUUCUAGUAAUUCAUCCAACUCGAGCCCGCAAUAUGAGCUAAGUGCCACACCCUCGCCACCUGCAAUGAAAUUUAAGCCUUUGAUAAAAAAGAAAAUCGGUCCUGAUAGUUAUAUAAAUACGAUUACAACCAAAAAAGUGCCCGCAAGUGAAACAUAUGAGUUUCCGGCUUUUCCCACAAAAGAGAAUUCCUCGAAUACUCAAUUUCCACAGACGCCAUCGACCUCAUCUCUGCGACAGCAUAGACCUCUGACACGGACUCUGUCCAAUGGGAAGUCGGCUUAUGAGGAACGUCAAUCUCAGUCGCCAAGUCGCCUAAUGCUAUCGCCAAAAAGGCAUCGUAGCCCACCAUCGGGAUGCUCGACACGUAGUGCUUCCCCACUUGAUUUUCAAUUAAGUCCCGAGGCCCAGGUGUUGAACAGCAGCAACAGUGGACAACAGCAACAGGUGUCAGCAGUGUCCAGCAAUUCGGGCACUCCCAUUUUACACAAUCGUCCGCAACAACGUCUGUUAAAACGGGUUGGCGGCGUUGGUGCUGGGGUGGGUUCCCCGAAUCUUAUAUGUCCCCCAACACCUACACAUCAUGCCAGACGUCAUGCUCGCAUGCAACAGCAACAGGCGGCAGCAGCUGCGGCCGCUGCAAUUUCCCUCAACAAUAAUCUCGAUGAUACGUAUAUUGGCAACGGGCCACCAAGUGGUGGUGGUGGUGGCGGCGGCGCUGUGGCGGGAGCCCAUGCUAGUCAUUUAGAUUACAAUUAUUUAUCGUCCCGUACUCCACCCUCUUCGCCAGCAUUCCAUGGUUCUUCCAGCAAUCGCAGUGCCGAUGAUCGACCACGUGAUCAUUUAGGUGCUGCCGCCAUGGCCGCCGCAUCGUCCUCGGCCACUUCAUCCACAAUCGAGGUCAUCGAUAAUGACGAAGAUGACGGCAAUGCCUCGGAUGAUUUGGGUGUGGUCCACAUCACCAGCACACGUUUGCCUUCAAUACCGGAGAGGGGUGCAGCAGGUGGCCUUUUACGCACUAGUGCCAUAUUUUCGGCCGAAGCUGACGGCCAGACCAUAAAUGCCGCCACUGCUGAACCUUUACCUCCGGCAUGGGAGGCUAGAAUGGAUAGUCAUGGUCGUAUUUUCUAUAUCGAUCACACGACCCGUACAACUUCCUGGCAAAGACCCGGAUCAAAUGGUUCGGCCACUCUAAAUGGCCAUGGUGGCCGUGAACAACAUCACCGUCAACAACUGGACAGACGUUACCAAUCCAUACGGCGCACCAUCACCAAUGAAAAUCGUCCGGCCAUCGUGGGCCAUAAUGAUAAUACUCAAGCCUCGCAAUCUCCACACCAUCACCUAGCUCACAACAACAAUCACAAUGCACCACCACCAUCGAAUUUCCAGCACGUCUCUUUGUCGGUACACCCAGCUGUUCUUAUGCUCUGCCGUCCGGAUUUUUACUCAAUGCUUCAUACCAAUGAAGAUGCUUUAGCCAUUUAUAAUCGCAAUACUGCCCUCAAGCAUAUGGUAAUACGUAUACGAAGAGAUCCCUCGUGUUUUCAACGCUAUCAAUACAACAAAGAUUUGGUAGCUUUGGUCAAUUCAUUUGCCCAGCUCAAUCGAGAUUUGCCCUCGAGUUGGGAGACAAAGCUGGAUCAGUCGGGCAAACAGUUCUUUAUAGAUCACAAUAAUCGACAAACGUCAUUUAUGGAUCCACGUUUGCCCAUUGACUGUCCAAGGAUAAUACGCCAUAGGCAGCAACAACCCCAACCACAUCAUCCUCAAUUCGAUGCCAUCGAUGGCAAUUGUAUUUCUGCCGCUGGAGGCGUAGGAAAUCAUCCUCCCCUGCCACCACCCAGACCAACAUCAACCUCAUCGUCGUCGGGGACGACAAGCAAUUCACGCCACAGUCAAUUUAUGCAAAACGAUAAUAUGCCUCAUUAUGCACCGUCAACAUCGUCAUCAUCCUACAACAAUGGUCCCAGCUCCUCCAGUGCAAUGUCGUCGAAUAAUAGUUAUCAUGAGAUUCCCGUGGCCUAUAAUGAAAAGGUUAUUGCCUUUUUGAGACAACCCAAUAUUAUAGAAAUUUUACGUGAACGUCAAGGCCAAAACAAUGUGUCACGUUCCUUGAGGGAAAAAAUUAAUAUUCUUCGAGUCGAAGGGGUGCCAGCCUUGGAAAGAAUGGCUCAUGAUCUACAAUUGACAAUUAUGUUAAGCCUUUUCGAACAGGAGAUUAUGAGCUAUGUGCCCAUCGAAGAACGCAGUCCCCAAGGCUCACCAGUGCUCAAUUCUCGCAUGCUGCAACGAGCUCCGCCACCAUUCCGGCGUGACUUCGAGGCCAAACUGAGAAGUUUCUAUAGGAAAUUAGAAUCAAAAGGAUAUGGUCAAGGACCACAUAAAUUAAAAUUACAAAUACGACGUACCCACUUAUUAGAAGAUGCCUUCCGUCGUAUUAUGUCUGCCAACAAAAAAGACUUACAAAGAGGACGUUUAGCUGUGCUAUGGGAUACGGAAGAGGGUCUGGACUAUGGUGGUCCCUCAAGAGAAUUCUUCUUUUUGCUAUCCCGUGAACUGUUCAAUCCCUACUACGGCCUCUUUGAAUAUUCAGCCAAUGACACCUAUACGGUACAAGUGUCACCACUUUCAGCCUUUGUCGAUAAUUGUCACGAUUGGUUCCGUUUUAGCGGUCGUGUCCUGGGCUUAGCUUUAGUUCAUCAAUAUUUAUUGGAUGCCUUCUUUACGAGGCCAUUUUACAAGGCUUUACUAAGACUUCCGGUAGCUUUAAGUGAUUUAGAAUCAUUGGAUAAUGAGUUCCAUCAAUCCCUGCAAUGGAUACGUGAUAAUGACAUUGGUACGGGUAUUGAUUUGGGCCUGACAUUCUGUGUGACCGAAGAGUUGUUGGGACGAGUUGUGGAACGGGAAUUGAAACCGGGCGGCAAGAAUAUUAUUGUGAAUGAGAAAAACAAAAAGGAGUACUUGGAGCGUAUGAUCAAAUGGCGUUUGGAACGUGGUGUCCAGGAGCAGACAGAAUCGUUGGUACGUGGCUUCUAUGAAGUCGUUGAUUCUCGUCUGGUGUCGGUAUUCGAUGCGCGUGAAUUGGAAUUGGUAAUAGCCGGUACGGCAGAAAUUGACAUAAACGACUGGCGCCUUAAUACGGAAUAUCGUUCCGGUUAUCAUGAUAAUCAUCAGGUUAUCAUAUGGUUCUGGCAGGUCAUUGAGAAGUUUACAAACGAGCAACGUUUGCGUUUAUUACAAUUUGUCACUGGUACCUCCAGCAUACCGUAUGAAGGUUUUUCGGCCUUGCGCGGUUCAACGGGUCCCCGACGUUUUUGCAUUGAGAAAUGGGGUAAACCAAAUGCCUUGCCACGAGCUCACACAUGUUUCAAUCGUCUAGACUUACCACCAUAUCCCACACCAGAAUUGCUGUAUGAAAAACUGUUAUUGGCUGUUGAGGAGACAAAUACCUUUGGUAUUGAGUAGAAAGCAAUGUGAUGAUGGAAGGAAACGAAAGAAAAAACGGAUGUCAGUAGCAAAAGAAAAUCGUGAUAUUUUUCAAAUAUCUGUUAUAAUAAUUAUUACAAAUGUUUUAAGUGUGCCGGUUUUUGUCUGUGUGCGUGUAUGUGUGCGUCAUGUAGUUAAGCAAUUUAUUUAGUUUAGUUAUUUAUUUUGUAAUAAUAUUUUUAUAAGAUAUUUAAUUUAUUUUCAUAUUCGAAUUAUAGUUGGCCAUUAUUUAUUUAAAAAAAUAGAAUGUUAAUAAUUAUGACGCCGUAUGACGGAGACCGACCUCCCUUGUCCCCUGUCUAUGUAGCAUUAGAUAAAUGUUAGUAUGUAGUUAAUUGAUUCGAGUCAAUCAAUUGAUAUUUUUUGCCAGUUAAUUGAUAUUGCAUUGCUAGUAUUGCAUCUAUCCACCCAUUUACUAUGUACUCAAAUGAUUUAUUCUGCCGUUUUGAUUUUUUUUAAUGUUUUAAUAUUUAUUUGUUGCCUUAACAUAUUCUUGUCUUUUUAGUCAUUAGAUUUGUAAGUGAUAUUAACAAGUAAUAUUUAAUAUAAUAAUAAUUAUAACAACAACAAUCGUUAUUUACAUAUACAUUCCCUAUUAUCGAAACAAAAAUCACAAAAUGGUCCAUAGUUACUCUUGACAUAAAUGCCUGCAAUAUUUCCAUGGUAAAAUGGGAUCAUGUGUUAGUAUAUUAUUUAUAAUUAUGUCCAAAGUCGUAUUGAGCAGUGGUCUAAAUGCUUGCAUUAUGCUUUAUAUAUAAGACCCAGGACGUUUUCAAUUACAAAUAACGAUACACUAGUUUUUUUGAUUGCAAGCUGUGUCUAGUAUUGUUUUCUUCCACAUUUUGGAAAUUUUCAGAUUAAGAUUCCUUGGAAUCCUUUGAUUAUCGGUAUAUAGUAUAUAGUGUUAUGGGCAAUAUUGCAAACAAAAACACCAGAAUUAUUUUGGUCGAAAUUUUAAUCCGCAAACGAGUUUUGAAAAAGGGCCAAAUUAACAAUUUCCCUCUUUCGAAAAUUUGUUAAAAACUCCUUUCAAACGAUAUCGUAGCAAGUCAAAAUAUUCUACAAAUUUAUUAGUCAUAAAAUUUUACUCUAGGUCCUAGAAGACCUCAAAAGUUUAAAUCUUAUCUAAACGCCAGGAAUUCAUAUACAUUAAAAACACUUUUUAAGGUUAAAGCCGUACUUUUGUGAGUUUAUGCAAAAAUCUCCUACAAAUCAUCACAUUUGAAUUAUUACGUCGAAAAAAUAAAUAUUCAUAAGAAAAGUCACUAAAGAAAAGAAACUUCUACUUCCAUUGCAUAAAAAAAUGUGGAUCAAAGUUUCAAAAAAAAAUUCUAAUUUUUUUAGAUAAUUUUUUUUCUCGGCCUAUUUUUUGAGUUGAUGCCUGAAAGUUUACGUUUACGUUUUAGACGUAAGGUGUCAAAAGAAGAAAUAUUCUACACAAAAUUUCACUAUAAGUCUCGGAACAAACCAUAUAUCUAAAUACAAUACAAUACAAUAAAAUUACAUUCAACAUUUAUGUACUAAAAGUGAAAAGUAUAUGUUUGGUUUUUACAGUUAUUUUAACGGGUUCCUAAUUUCAGUUAAAAUCUCCUUUUAUGCAUCAUUUUUUGCCAAAAGUGUCAAAGGAACAAUAAUUCUUGAUCAAAUUUCAUUGUGAGUCUCUGAACAAAAGAAAUUCGUAUAUUCAAUAUGUACCAUGAAAAAAUAUAUCAUCAAUUUUUGUUUAAAAAAACCUUGUUGAUUUUUUGAAAAAUCUAGCCAUUUUUCUAAUUCCUUGAAAAUUUUCUCAUAAUUUCACUGUAAAAUUGACAGUCGGAGUUGUAGAAAAUUCCAAGUGCAGUAGCCAGUUGGGGUUGUAGAAAAUUCCAAUUGGACUUUCUAAUGUUUCUUUGUAUAUCAAAACUCCAAAGGAGUAGUGGUUUCUUAGGUCAAAUGUUGUUAAGGCUUUAAUAUAGUUUUUGACUAUCUGAGAUAUUUGAAAUUUUAUUGAGAUCUUUUUGAUUGAACACUGAACAUUGUACACUGGAGAAAAAAGAUUUAACGACGUAAUGGUAACUGAUUUGAUUACUGAUUUGAAUGAUUACUAGAUCGUAUCAACUUCCUUGCGACAGUUUACAAUGUGCCGUGAGUCUACGUUUCUGCACUUCUCAUUCAGUCGAUAGAAACAUCUAUUCAAAGACCAAAAAUACCCUUUUUGGGAAUAUCGUAUUUUUAAACCCUACUCCAUAGAAGAGUACAUAUUAUCGUCCGAUUGUGCACCAAAUGUGUACCGAAUAGUAUAAAAUUUUGCACAUACGACCGAAUUGGGCCUGAAAAUAAAUAUACAAAAUUUGAUCGUAUUCGGUUCAGAUAUGCCUAUAGCUCCCAUAUAUAUAGUUCAUCCGAUUUGUUAUUUUUGUCGCCCGCAGCCGUAAUAUGCACUCGGCAACAACAAUAUUUAGGGAAAUAUAUCAAAUACGGCUAAGAAAUACCUUUGCUAAAUUUUUGUCGAGAUCGGUCCAGAUUUGGAUAUAGUUCCCAUAUAUAUCUUUAUCCGAUUUUAAGUUAAUUGUGCACCAAAGGGGUGAUACAAGCCCGAAUUAAAAAGGGACACAUGUUGGUAUGAUUUAAUUCUCACAAAUUCCCCAUAAAAACUAUUUUUUGUUAUGUGAACCUCUACUAAAUAUUCAAAGUGGUGGGCCACGCCCGACUCUAAGAUUUCCUUCACUGUUUUUUUAUUAUUACUUCACAAAAUUAACUAUCAUGGAAAUAUUGCUGGCAUUUUGUUAAAAUUCAGCGUUUGCAAGUAGACUACAGUUAAAUAAUAGAUAAAUUAAUAGAAUUUAUUAAUAACAAAUCCACAUAAACAUACUAAUUGAACCAAAUCAAAACUAGUAUAGAAAAAACAAAACAAUAAUACAUUCCAACAAAACUGUGAACCGAAACAUAAGAAUCCUUUAUACCAAUACACCAUUCCAAUGGCAUAACGUUCAAUAAAACCGAAAUGAUUUUCCAAAAUGCA